CCAACGCCUCGUCGGCACUAGCUUAUACUUCCUACCCUUCAUACUCGUCGACUUUGGCCACCAACUAUCCAACUCACUAUUCCGUGCCAGGUACUUACUUCAGCGCUGCGUGUGGGUACGGCAGCAUGUCUUCAACUCGACGACUCUACACAAUAGAAAUGAUGCCUCAUCGUCGGCAAUGUUACCUCCGGCAAGAUCACCAGGGCUAGGCCAUUCUGUAUCACCAUCCAUGGGUUCGUCGGCUAGGGACAAUUAUACAACCGGAACACCUGGUGUGCCUAGAUAUUCCAACGCUCUGUCUCCUCGCUCAGAUCUACCUCGAUACAACACCCAGCCCGACACUCCUAGAAGCGUACAUACAACUACUAUGCCUUUGACUUACAAUGGUGCCUAUGCCACUACGUAUACCACAACUGCAGGCUCACCCGAAACGCCCCCCUUCAACACGCAAGAGACACUGGCCAACAUCACCUGUGAAGGUAACGCGGUGACACCGAGUAUCGACGCCAAGAUUGAAAAGGGAUUCUUCUAUUCUGGUGAUCGCGUAUGGACUUGUUACAGGAGGAAUUAUUUUUCGGUCAACGUAUCGUUCCAACUUUCGCCGUGGAUUGCCAAUGCACGCUUGUAUCUUGAACAGCCCAAUAAGACGGCUCAGCAGAUACAAUCCAUGGCUGUAUCUCUCGCUGCUGCUGUGGAUGGUGCUACGGGCAAGACUAUCGAGUUGAUCCAGCAUACACCGAAGCGCGAUAAGGGCCCGCAGCUGCCAAUGAAGAAGGAACUACUAGCACCAACGCCUCCAGGGAAAAGCCAUGAACACGGCGGAUAUGGGCUGAGCAACUUCCAUCAGACCUCGAUCGUCGCAGGUCCUCAGCUCCCUUUGCAAAGCGAUAGCGACUCGUCACAGCAAUAUUCUCCCACGAGCCACGCCAGCAGCAACUAUCAACAUUCGUUCGAACGUAUACAAUUCAAGUCAGCGACGGCAAACAAUGGAAAACGUCGGGCCCAACAGCAAUACUACCACCUGAUUGUGGAGUUGUGGGCGAACGUGCAGGCCCCUAGAGAAGCUGAGCCCAAAUGGAUAAAGGUUGCAGCUCGGAUGUCUUCCCCAGUCGUUGUGCGUGGAAGAUCGCCUAGUCAUUACCAGAAUGAGGGCCCCCACAAUGCCGGUACUUCGAGAGGAGCCCCUGGUUCUGGCCUGGGUGGAGGUGGUCAUCACGGACUAGGCUCAACUGGCCGACCAUCUUAUUCGCCCUGGACCACCGGCUUGUCAGGUGGUAGCGCAACUGGGAUGGGCAGUAGCAUGUAUCGUGGCAAUACAUACUCCCUCGACCCAAGCCCUGUCGGCAGCCAUUCAGUUAGUUCAGCGAGCUCUCUGAGUGGAGGCCCUGUUGAAGGCAUCACUGGCGAAAACCAUAUGACCGAAGACGAUGACGCGAAGAUGAUGGAUGCUCCCCAGGAUUACUCUUACUAUCCUGCCUCCAUCUACGAGCCGAUACCACCCAAGCUUGAAAGCACAUUACCCCCUCCCGAUCGCAGGAUCAAGGAUGAGUACCCCACUGCUGGCUGGCAUCUUGGAGGCUGUGGUAGAUUUCAAGGAAUGGAAAGUAGUCGCGGAUACUAUCCGGACGUACAAGCUCAUACCUAUUGAUGCGCACACAUCUUGCCGCCGUCAUAGCUGUCAAGAAAAUGGUUGGCCGGCUCAACGGGAAUUUGAGCCCGCUGCAUAUAAGAAUCGAAGUCAACAAGACUUGGUUCCGCAUAGACAGGCGAAUAUCCUUCGCUAUCGACGAUCGCUUUGGAGUGCUUCACGAUAAACUUCUCGGUUCUGCGGCGGCUUUGUCAUUGUUACUGUACUUGAUCCUUGGCCAACACGAACACUAACGGCCCCCCAUACUUACAUCACUUCCUGAACGAAAGACACACGGGCCGGUACCGCAUGACAAGGCAAGGAUGGUGCACAAAGCGAUGUAUCACAAAUCGCACAACAAAGGCUAUAUCGUAGGCCUUAAGUAUGUUUGCCGCAGCGGAACUCUG